UUGACAUAAUCACGAGACUACCUACUUUGAUCUUCUUACAAGAAACUAUAUAUUAUUUAUUAAAUUAUGCUCGGUUUGGCACUUAUUUUGUCAGCUUUUUCUUGGUCUUACAUGCCUGAUUUAGUUUAAUCUCCCUGCUUGGAACUCUUCCUGCUUGCCGGUCUUGAUGAACUUCCUUAGGAUAUUUGUUUUCUUUUGUUCUUUCCUUUCUACUCAUUCGGUUAAUCCAAUCUAACAGUGAUCAUUGCCGGAAAAUUCAACCGCGGGAGUCUCCAGUAGCUCACAGAUUAGGAAGUUGGUUGCUGGUUUUUCCUUUUCCUGAGUCAAUAAUGGAAGAAGACAUUGAUCUUGAUAAGCAGCUUGUUAAGAGUAGUUACUGUGGUGAUGACGAGUGUACAUGGCUUUCUUCUGCUGUUUCAACUCCUUCAUCAGUUUUUGAAGACUACAGAUUUUCUACUUCACUGCAUGUUUCUAUUGAUGAAAAACUGUUCAUUUCAUGGCUCUCAAGAUUGGAAAAAUUUGUCCUUUAUCUGGAUAAAGGAAGUCUUCAUUUUGAAGAUCCAAGAGUAAAUGCAAAUCCUGAGGAGAAAGCAGAAGACAUUUUAAACAACUCGACUUCACCCGAUGCUGCAUCAGACUCCUCCAUGAAUAAGUCUGAGAGUUUCAGGUCUUCUUCUGGGCAGUUCUGCGAGGACUCAACAAGUUGUAACAACUCUUUGAUGCCUUGCAGCACUAACUUUGAUUCUUCUUCUUCUUCUUCUUCCUCUCAGAUGUCAGAUUCUGACAGGAUCAGUUUCUUGGUCCCUUUAGUGAAUCUUGAAGGUGAAGAUUCUCAAUGGAUUUCAUCAGAUGCAGAAUUAGAUUCAGAUUACUUCUCAUCAGGUUUUCCAAGCCCAUCUUGCAAGAACUGUGAGGUUUCAUUAUGGGAGAACAACUCUUUAGAUCAGGAAGUAAAUUUGGAAGAUUUUGAUACAGAUGAACCUCUUUUCUGGCCAUCCCAAUGGAAACUAGAUUGGAAUUGUGAAGAAACUUGGAGAUGCUUUUCAAUGUCUCCUCGUAAGUACAUUACAGAUCCUGGAACUCUUCAACAUACAUCUACCAACGUAGUAGGAACAAAAUUCCAUGUCAGAAGAAAGGACACCAAUGAGGGUUUCAGGGAAAGCCCAGAGUUCAGCUCAGGUUCAACAGCAUCAACUUUAUUAGAGAGGAAACAAAGCAAAAACAACUUUAUCAGGAAAAUCAAUCCUGCCCCUUCAAGAUUGAGAAAAUCAAGGAAAAUUUCAAUGAAAAUAGUACCUAUAGAAAUGGAAAACGAUCUAGAUAAGAGAAAAGAUAAAGAAUUCUCAAUCCAACAAUCAAACUGUUCAGAUAGAGAUUUCUUGGAAGAUGAUUUCACAAAAAAUGGAGAAGUUCCAAUUGAGAAACUACUAGGACUUGGUGAGUUUGACGGGCAUGAAGGGGUGGAUUCAGAAUUCAAUGAAGAUAUUUUCUCACUGGAAGAAUCUCUGUAAGAAUUCAAGCAGACUUUUCUAUUAGUUUCUAGAUCAACCAAGUCUUCUUUUGGCAGCCCCAUUUGAUGCAAUCAGCAAUUCAGCAAAUCAAUACAAAUUAUUGAUGUAUUAAUACAAAUUAAAAUCAAAAUUUUGUAUCAAGACAUUAGAUCCCUUCUCCCUCAACUAGAGGUCUCUGAGUUAAGCUUGUG